GAGAGAGAGAGAGAGAGAGCAAGAGAGGGAUAGAGAAUAGAGAGAGAAAGAGAGAGAGAGAGAGGGAGAGAGAGAGAGAGAGAGAGAGAGGGCAAGAGAGAGAGAGAGGCUGCCAGUGUUUCACAGGCUUGCUACAGUGCAGAGGUUUUUCCACUGAAGAGAGGUUCUGUCAGAGUGAAUUCUCUAAUGUUGCUGCUGCUGAAGUGAAUACAUCACAGGGGAUACACUGCAGUAAACACUGCAUUGGAGAAUACUGUGGUGGUUCAUACUGAGGUUUGGAUGGCUGUGAUGCUCCUAUAGCAUCACCUUUCAACUGCAUUCAACAGCAAAGCCACAUAACUGCAACAACCAGACCCUGCUUCUGAAGACCCUCACCUGAAGAUGACAGACUGAGACAGACAGAGUGGUAGAGAGAUAGAGAAGAGUGCAGACUUUAGGAUUUUGACAAUUCAUCCAUCGUUUUAAAGUCAUUCCUCUCCAUCGAUUGAUGCGACGAAUAAGUGAGAAGAAAAGAAUAGCUAGCAUUUCGGAGAAAGAGGAUAAACGUCAUAGAUCGGGAGUGAGGAACCGUAAGCAGAGCAUCUAAACUGGAAUUGAAGGGGGGAGAGUGGAAGGGUACUACAGGAUGCUUUUGGGCAGCAUGAACCGUCCGGGGGCGGUCCCUGCCUUCCUCAGGACCCCCACGGUGAUCCCGCCCCCACUGGACAUGAAGCAGUUCCUGCAGUUCCCCAUGGACACAGCUCCACCACAACACAGCAUGGGCCUGUUCCACAACUUCAACACCAACAGUUACUCAACAAUGGACCCGGUACAGAAGGCAGUGAUGAACCACACCUUCGGCCCCCCCAUGAUGAAGACCAAACGACCCAUCAUCUCCUGCAAUGUCUGCCAGAUCCGCUUCAACUCAGAGAGCCAGGCAGAGGCCCACUAUAAGGGGAACCGGCACGCUCGGAGGGUAAAGGGCAUCGAGACCUCCAAGACUCGCCCCAAGGAGGGUGACAAGCCGGCUGCUCCCCCCACUGCUUCCCCCUCUCCACCAGGCCCCUCACCAUCCAGCCCAGACGCUGACGCCAGCAAACAGGGUGAUUCCCAGCCCCACCCACAUUCAAACAGCUCACCCAUGACACCCAGCCCCAUCCCCAUGUCUGUGCCAGACACCCCAGACACCCCUAUGCAGCUCCCUGUGUGCCCACUCCUGCCCCCUCUGAGUACGCCCAUGUCUACCACCUCCACCCCCUCCCCGGCCCUUGGUCCCCCCCAGGUGGACACCCCCAUGGUGGGCCCCCCUGACACAGUGUCCCCAGCCCCCAGCCCCUCUUCAGGGGAGUCUGAGGAGGACAAAGCCAAGAAGCUGCUCUACUGCUCACUGUGCAAAGUGGCCGUCAACUCCCUCUCUCAGCUAGAGGCGCACAAUAAAGGUACCAAACACAAAACCAUCCUGGAGGCAAGGAGUGGGCUGGGCCCCAUCAAGGCGUACCCUCGACUGGGCCCUAACCCCAGCCCUGAGCAGGCAGGGGGGCUGCCCUCGGACCCCAACACUCAGGAACGCACCUUCCACUGUGAGAUCUGCAACGUGAGGGUGAAUUCUGAGCUGCAGCUCAAACAGCAUAUAUCCAGUCGAAGGCAUCGGGAUGGAGUUGCUGGGAAGCCAAAUCCCCUCCUCAGCCGGCACAAGAAGCGCACAGACUUUGUGUCUUCCUUGACCUUCUCAAAGGACCUUCCAAAAACUCUGGGCCACGGACUGUUGCCCAGCCCCCUGGCUGUUGCUGCGGCGAUGGCAGCCGCUGCCUCCUCCAAUCAGCUGGCUCAGCUGCGUGCCCCUGGUCCCAUUUCUCACCCUCAGAACUACCACCCCCACCACCACCUCCUACAGAGUACACUACAGGGCACGCACCUCAGCCUCUUACGGCCCGCCCCUGGGCCUAUGCGCACCACCCAUGGGCCAAUCCUCUUCUCCCCUUAUUGACGGUGGUGGGACGGGGGCCAAUCAGGAAGAAGCACACUGUGAAGUAAACAGGGAAAACCUCUUGAUAGAUAAUCAACAGAUGUUAAAACGGAAACAUUUGAUGGAGGAAAGACUAUGCCUGUCCCUCUCCACCUUUCUUCAUUCGACAACUUCCAAAGCAAAGGAUUGACGGCUUGCAGUCGUUUUAAAGAGGAAGGUUGCAUGACAGAGUCAGAUGGACUUUCUGUACAUGCUCUCCCUCCUUCAAUCCUCCUCCCACAUUUAGUUGACUCUGAGAUACGUAUAGCAAAAAAAAAAAGUAUAGGUCAAACUAUACAAACUAUGGCUGACUCAGUAAACUGAGCUCUGUUCUGUUUCCUCCACAUCUCUGUAGUUUUGGUUCAGUGCUCACCCACCCAAAGCCACCUGCUAUAGAAGUUCCAUAAAAUAAAUCAAAAGCACACUAGGUUAGACACAGUAGCUGCCUCUGCUCUUAGUAAUAUUUCAUCAUUCAUAGUACAGUAGAACCAAUAGUGCAUUACUGCAAACCCCUGUUGGGGUGUUCAAUAAUCAAAGUGCAGUACCUACCUACCCCACUCUGUAGUUCCAGGUUCUAGAUUAGGUGCCUGCUCUGCAGAUCAAGGCACAAGGUACAUUGUACUGUAUGUUUCCAGGUACUAGAUAUAUGUUCUAGUCUUGUGGAUGAUAGAUGUUAGUCUAUAUAUCCUCUGUUGUCAGAUCAGGUGAGAGAGAGGAGGCAAGGUAGGAAGGAAGGAAGGAAGAGAGAGAGAGAGAGAGAGAGAGAGAGAGAGAGAGAGAGAGAGAGAGAGAGAGAGAGAGAGAGAGAGAGAGAGAGAGAGAGAGAGAGAGAGAGAGAGAGAGAAAGAGGGCUUCUAAACCCCACUGUGACUCAAUGGAGAAAUGUGUAGUGAAUGCAUCAAGAUAGAGGGAAAUGUUUUUAAGAAAUCACAAUAAGAAAUUUGAAUAAUGAAUGCAGUUAAAAUGAUGGACUUAAACCAUUUAACUGUUGUUUUCCUAGCAGACCUCCACUUUCAGUCGUAUUGUCUGUAAGAAGACAGAGGGAAAGGGAAAGUGAGACAUUGCUAUGUGCCUGAAUCAAAUCACAUCCAAUUUGAUUUGUCACAUGCGCCGAAUACAACUUGUGUAGACUUUACCGUGAAAUGCUUGCGUACGAGCCCUUCCCAACAAUGCAGAGUUUAAAAAUAAAAUAGUAACACAAGAAGAAUAAAAAUACACAAGAAUUAAUGCAGUAAGUACCAGAUCAAUAUGCAGAGGUACGAGGUAUUUGAGGUAGAUACAGUGCAUUCGGAAAGCAUUCAGACCCCCAUCACUUUUUCCACAUGUUGUUACAUUACGGCCUUAUUCUAAAAUUGAUCAAAUAAAAAAAUCCUCAUCAAUAUACAUAAAAUACUCCAUAAUGAAAAAGCAAAAAAUGUUUUUUAGAAAUUUCUGCAAUUGUAUUACAAAUAAAAAACUGAAAUACCUUAUUUACAGUUGAAGUCGGAAGUUUACAUACACCCUAGCCAAAUACAUUUAAACUCAGUUUUUCACAAUUCCUGAUAUUUAAUCCUAGUAAAAAGUCCCUGUCUUAGGUCAGUUAGGAUCACCACUUAAUUUUAAGAAUGUGAAAUGUCAGAAUAAUAGUAGAGAGAAUGAUUUAUUUCAGCAUUUAUUUCUUUCAUCACAUCCUCAGUGGGUCAGAAGUUUACAUACACUCAAUUAGUAUUUGGUAGCACUGCCUUUAAAUUGUUUAACUUGGGUCAAAUUUUUCAGGUAGCCUUCCAUAAGCUUCCCACAAUAAGUUGGGUGAAUUCUGGCCCAUUCCUCCUGACAGAGUUGGUGUAACUAAGACAGGUUUGUAGGCCUCCUUGCUCGCACACGCUUUUUCAGUUCUGCCCACAAAUUUUCUUUCGGAUUGAGGUCAGGGCUUUGUGAUGGACACUCCAAUACCUUGACUUUGUUGUCCUUAAGCCAUUUUGACAAAACUUUGGAAGUAUGCUUGGGGUCAUUGUCCAUUUGGAAGACUCAUUUGUGACCAAGCUUUAGCUUCCUGACUGAUGUCUUGAGAUGUUGCUUCAAUAUAACCACAUCAUUUUACUUCCUCAUGAUGCCAUCUAUUUUGUGAAGUGUACCAGUCCCUCCUGCAGCAAAGCACCCCCACAACAUAAUGCUGCAACCCCCGUGCUUAACGGUUGGGAUGGUGUUCUUCGGCUUGCAAGCUCCCCCUUUUUCCUCCAAACAUAACGAUGAUCAUUAUGGCCAAACCGUUCUAUUUUUGUUUCAUCAGACCAGAGGACAUUUCUCCAAAAAGUACGAUCUUUGUCCCCAUGUGCAGCUGCAAAUCGUAGUCUGGCUUUUUUUAUGGCGGUUUUGGAGCAGUGGCUUCUUCCUUGCUGAGCGGCCUUUCAGGUUAUGUCGAUAUAGGACUCCUUUUUCAAGCUGUUCAAAGGCACAGUCAACUUAGUUUACAGUCGUGGCCAAAAGUUUUGAGAAUGACACAAACAUUACUUUCCACAAAGUUUGCUGCUUCAGUGUCUUUAGAUAUUUUUGUCAGAUGUUACUAUGGAAUACUGAAGUAUAAUUACAAGCAUUUUAUACGUGUCAAAGGCUUUUAUUGACAAUUACAUGAAGUUGAUGCAAAGAGUCAAUAUUUUCAGGGUUGACCCUUCUUUUUCAAGACCUCUGCAAUCUGCAAUGGCAUGCUGUCAAUUAACUUCUGGGCCACAUCCUGACUGAUGGCAGCCCAGUAUUUCAUAAUCAAUGCUUGGAGUUUGUCAGAAUUUGUGCUCCAUUAUGCUGGAAAAGGCAUUGUUCGUCAAACUGUUUCUGGAUGGUUGGGAGAAGUUGCUCUCAGAGGAUGUGUUGGUACCAUUCUUUAUUCAUGACUGUGUUCUUAGGCAAAAUUGUGAGUGAGCCCACUCCCUUGGCUGAGAAGCAACCCCACACAUGAAUGGUCUCAGGAUGCUUUACUGUUGGCAUGACACAGGACUGAUGGUAACGCUCACCUUGUCUUCUCCGGACAAGCUUUUUUCCGGAUGCCCCAAACAAUCGGAAAGGGGAUUUAUCAGAGAAAAUGAUUCAGCAGUCCAAUCCCUGUACCUUUUGCAGAAUAUCAGUCUGUCCCUGAUGUUUUUCCUGGAGAGAAGUGGCUUCUUUGCUGCCCUUCUUGACACCAGGCCAUCCUCCAAAAGUCUUUGCCUCACUGUGCAUGCAGAUGCACUCACACCUGCCUGCUGCCAUUCCUGAGCAAGAUCUGUACUGGUGGUGCCCCGAUCCCGCAGCUGAAUCAACUUUAGGAGACGGUCUUCACAACAAUUGAACCGCUCUCCUUGAAGUUCUUCAAUAUCCUUGCCUGUGAAGCCCUUUUUGUGCAAAGCAAUGAUGACGGCACGUGUUUCCUUGCAGGUAACCAUGGUUGACAGAGGAAGAACAAUGAUUCCAAGCACCACCCUCCUUUUGAAGCUUCCAGUCUGUUAUUCGAAUUCAAUCAGCAUGACAUAGGGAUCUCCAGCCUUGUCCUUGUCAACACUCACACCUGUGUUAACGAGAGAAUCACUGACAUGAUGCCAACUGGUCCUUUUGUGGCAGGGCUGAAAUGCAGUGGAAAAGUUUGGGGGGGGAUUCAGUUCAUUUGCAUGGCAAAGAGGGACUUUGCAAUUAAUUGCAAUUCAUCUAAUCACUAUUUAUAACAUUCUGGAGUAUAUGCAAAUUGCCAUCAUACAAACUGAGGCAACAGACUUUGUGAAAAUGUAUAUUUGUGUCAUUCUCAAAACUUUUGGCCACGACUGUAUGUAACCUUCUGACCCACUGGAAUUGUGAUACAGUGAAUGAUAAGUGAAAUAAUCUGUCUGUAAGCAAUUGUUAGAAAAAUUACUUAUGUCAUGCACAAAGUAGAUGUCCUACAAAUUAUAAUUUGUUAACAAGAAAUUUGUGGAGUGGUUGAAAACAAGUUUUAAUGACUCCAACCUAAGUGUUUGUAAACUUCCGACUUCAACUGUACAUAAGCAUUCAGACCCUAUGCUAUGAGACUCGGAAUUGAGCUCAGGUGCAUCUUGUUUCCAUUGAUCAUCCUUGAGAUGUUUCUACAAGGUGAUUUGAGUCCAGAUGUGGUAAAUUCAAUUGAUUAGACAUGAUUUGGAAAGGCACCCACCUGUCGAUAUAAGGUCCUACAGUUGACAGUUGACAGGAAUUGUCCGUAAAGUGCCGAGACAGGAUUAUGUCAAGGCACAGAUCUGGGGAAGGGUAACAAAACAUUUAUGCAGCAUUGAAGGUCUCCAAGAACACAGUGGCCUCCAUCAUUCUUAAUUGGAAAAAGUUUGGAACCACCAAGACUCUUCCUAGAGCUGGCCACCCCAGGCGCAUGCACGCUGACACGGUCGCCAUGUGUACGGUGUUUCCUCCGACACAUUGGUGUGGCUGGCUUCCAGGUUAAGCGGGCAUUGUGUCAAGAGGCAGUGCGGCUUGGUUGGGUCGUGUUUCGGAGGACGCAUGGCUCUCGACCUUCUCCUCUCCCGUAUCCGUACGGGAGUUGCAGAGAUGAGACAAGACUGUAACUACCAAUUUGAUACCAUGAAAUUGGGGGGGGGGGGGGGGGGGUAAAAGUAAACAAAUAUAUAUUUUUAAACGAUUUUAAAAAGAACUGUCCGCCCGGCCAAACUGAGCAAUCUGGCGGAAAAAGUCCUUGGUCAAGGAGGUAACCAAGAUCCCGUAAAAGCCUGUUUUUGCUUUGACAUUAUGGGGUAUUGUCUGUAGAAAAAAAACGAUUUAAUCCAUUUUAGAAUAAGCCUGUAACGUAACAAAAUGUGGAAAAAGCCAAGGGGUCUGAAUACUUUCCGAAUGCACUGUAUGUACAUGAAGGCAGGCUAUAGUGACUAGGCAUGAGGAUAGAUAAUAGUAAGAGUAAAAUAAAGAACAGAGUAUCAGCAGCAAGUUAUGAGUCUAAACUUUGUGAGUGUGCGUGUGUUUGUGUUGUGUGUAUGUAGUGUAUGCGAAUGUAUGUGAGUCCCUCUUAAGAGACUGGCCAAUUUGGAACUGUUACAAGGAGUCAAUUGGUUCGUUUGAGCAUUCCUCCAGUUUCUGCCCUUAUCUUAUUAAUUUGUAUGGCUGUUGUCUAAUUAUUGUGUCUGUGUGUGUCUUUCUGUGAUUGUGCGUGUGUGUAUUCUGGAUAUAGAUAGAGACCGAUGAAGGGCAUUAUGCCUCAAUGGUGACCACUUUCAUUCAAACUGGAAGCGACUUAACGAGACUGCUAAUUUCUGAACCUUUACUGGAAACUUUAGGAUGACUGCACAUUCCCAACACAGUGUGGUAUGUGUGUCUUAAAUUCAUUGUUUCUACACUGUGAACAACAGGGGAAGCCUUAGAGAUAUCUGAUGGCGGCAGGCUCUUCCACUGAGAACACAAGGGAAGUGGGAUUUCCCUUCCCGGGAUGCUUGCUGACCUCCAAUAUUUUGUCAGCUGAGUGUGGCAUGAGUGAGAGACACUGUAAUGGAAGAUGUUUUGAAGUUAAAAAUUAUGUCAAAGGGGUUCCAAUUAACAGAGGGGAAAUGAAUAAGGACCAUGAACCUGUGUCUGUUUUUCUCUCAUAUGCUUAUCACAAGCAUUGAUGUAUAGUAGUAUAGUAGUAUAAUAUGCAAUAUUAGCUCCAGAGUAUUGCAAUUAAUGAUAUAUUUUCACUUUAAAAGGAGACUGUUGUCCUGCUCUGCCUCAUGUGUCCGUAUUCUGUACCUAACCUCACCCUAACCCAUACAAAUGAGCAGGCUUGGGUUGGAGCCUGGUGUCACUGUAAAGUCACCAAACUGUUUCUCAUACAGUAUCAGAAGGGUAAAGUACUGGGAAAUUGUAGCAAUACUUACAGCACUCCUGCUAACGACUCUUGUUUACUGCAAUAAAUAAAUGAUAUGUGUAUAAAUAUAUUAAAUGUUAUUUAGGAGAACUGUAUUGAAUCAUUAUUGUAAAUGUAGAUUGUUUUAUCGAUGUGAGCAAAAGAGCUUCCUUAUUGUAAAAAAAAAAAAACGUGUAGAUUAAUAAAUUAUUACAAAAUGA